AUGAAAACAUCGACAGCCAAAACAGUCCCUCUAUUUCACGAGUUCGAUUCAACACCAAUUGAAACGUCGUCAGACUAUCGACUGAAGCUUUGUUUCUGCCCACUCUGUUCGCAUGGAUUUGCUGCAUUUGGCCCUACUGACUGUCGAGGUAUCAUCUCUUGGCAACACAUAUGCAGGAUCAUACUUUUCUCACUGACUGUCAAGGAGAAUCCAAAGAAGUUCUUCAGUUUAAAAGGGGAUAUGCUACAGUUUAUAGUGGAGCAUUGGUACCUCUUUCAGAAACUCCAACAAUUUCGAACAAGUCCUUCCAAAUGGAAAAAGGCCUUUUUAGACGCGCUAAGCCACUCAACGUUCUUCGAAAGUGGAACAGGUAGCCUCAAAAAGCCGGGGUUUUGGAAACUGACAAACACGGCAACUCCUUGGGACGACAAAACCGAUUACUUUACGCGCCCAAUACCAACAAAAUUGGAGAUGCAAAAGACAGUGGAGCUCUCAUCCACGGAGGAGAAGUCGAUGAUUUCUCAAUUCUCAAAAGUGAAGAUCGAGAAGUAUUGUGUUGAUGCAAAACAAUCAUUUGCGAACGCACUCAACUCACUUCAACGGCAGAUGAAAGCUUCUUCUUGUGAAGACUCAUUCAAUGUCAUCAACCAAAUGAAGGAAGUUCAAACUGUUCUAGCCAAGACGGACUCCAUCCUCGCGCAAUUGAAGGAAAUUAAUUGCGUUCAAAGUUCGCCAAUCCCUCCCCUCAAUCAACAAUUCAUUCUUCCCCCUCUUCAACUCCCCGAAGAGCCAAACCCCUUUGAAAGUUUUAAUCCACAAAUCUUCUGA